UUUGUUUUUUUUUAAAAUUAGAUGGGGGACAAGACUUUUGUCAGGUAAUGUAUACCUCUCCAGCAGUCUUAUUCUUCAUUCUGUGAAUUGAUUCAUAGUACUCUCACUCCUUCACUUAGUGCAGCAAUUAGUCAUCAGUUUUAAAAAUAGACAUGUUUAGUUGUUUUUAUAAGGCCUUUAUUUAAUUAUAUAGAGUUUCUUGUUUAACUGUGCUGUCUUAAAGCAAAGUAAGGCAACAAAAGUGAUGCGUAUUAUAAAGACAGAAUUUAGCCUAGUCAUUAUUGACUUUGGCCUGUUCAAUCAGUGGAACAAACAGAAAAUGUGAAAAGUAGUGCUGCCCUCUACUGGACAUUACUAUUAAGUAUUGGAUUAAAGCAUCACACUGUUUAAUACAUAAAUGAAAAAAGGCCAUAGAAUUAAAAAAUUGUUCUGAUGAAUUUGCACUCUCAGAAAUACAAAAUGCAGUCACUGGAAGUAUUUUUUUUUUUUCACCUAAAGGGUCUAUUUUAGUUUCUACUGUAAAAAAUAAAUAAAUAAAUGUACCUUUUGAAAAAGUACCACCAUUGUACUAAGAGUGUGUGACAGAUUUUGUGACAGGCCAUCAAAAUCUCAGUAUGAAGUAAAAGUCACAGUGUACAUUUAAACACUGCAGAUUUACAGCUGCUACUUAACAGUUAAAGCCGAUGAUGGAGGAAAAGCUUGUUAAAGCUGUCCUCUGGGAUGGUCUAGAGUUAUAGUUUGCUCCUUAUCUAGGUUAACAUCUCAGUGUAAGGUCAGCAGAGUCAUUUUCAAGUGCUCAAUCACACUAUUGUUGUGCUCUUGUGAUUGGAGACUGCAGUGGCAGCCUUUCAUUGAACAAAUAUAAAACAAAAAGUAGUACACUUUGAGUAGUAUUAGCUAGCUGUAUUAUAAGUAAUAUGUCAGUGCAGAUUCAUUUUUAAACAGUACAUUCGUGGUUUAUCCAUCCAUAAAAACCAUAGUAAUCAUCCACUGAUUAGUCUGUCUGGACUGUAAUAAAUAUAAAAUGCAAUUAUCUUUCAUAUAAUGCCUUUGACUAAUUUUUAACGACUGCUCCAACAGAUUAUGUUUGUUUUUGUUUUCUAUCAAGUGAAUUCUGCACAUUGUCAUUUAUUCUGACUCUUUCUGCUCUGAGUGUUCUGAGCCAAGUGUUUAUAGUGAUUAUAGUGAGAUCUUACUGGCAACUUUGAGGAGUUAUCAAACCACAUCUCAGAAACAAAAUAAAACAAUAAAACAUGACCAUGGGUCACAUAAACAUUUACAGAACUUUUAAAACUAAAGAUUUUAAUGUAUAGCUCAUUUUGCCCUUAUGAACAUAACAUAAUGAACUAGUUUGGAGUAAUUCAUUUUCAAGUGAUUUUGAACAACUAGUUUCAAAGUGAUUCGGCCAGAGGAUGUGUUACAUAAGCAUGAACUUCCCUCUGGGAUGUGUUUGUUUUUCUGUGUUUUAGAGUUUCACGUGAAGGAGGGAUGUGCACAGUUAGUCAUCUGUUACAGUGUUGGGUUAAUUGUUAAAUGUGAGCAAUCUCUGCUGUUAUCACUUGGAGAUUCAAAUCUGACUUGGGGAUAAGAAGUAGAGCCCACAGGCUGAAAGCUCAAAAUUAAAACUGAGCUGUUGAUCUUGUGAACAAUGGAGGAGGAUCUGAAAAAGACGAAAGCAAAUAAUGGGAGCGUCUCGAGAGCCGUGGAGGCCAAGAACCCAGAUCAGCCUAAAGCAGCAGUUCUGCACCAGGAUGUGGGUCUGUUGAGCGGCAUCUGUCUGAUAGUGGGUACAAUGAUCGGCUCGGGCAUCUUCAUUUCCCCCAAAGCGGUGCUGGAGGGAACAGGAGCCGUGGGUCCAUGUCUUUGUGUGUGGGCAGCUUGUGGAGUUCUGGCCACCCUUGGGGCCCUCUGCUAUGCUGAACUAGGCACAAUGAUCAUCAAGUCUGGUGGAGAAUAUCCAUACUUGAUGGAGGGAUUUGGGCCAGUGCUGGCAUACCUGUACUCCUGGACCACCAUCAUCGUAUUAAAGCCUUCAUCCUUUGCCAUCAUUGCCCUAAGCUGUGCCGAAUAUGCUUCCACCCCAUUUUACCCUGGAUGCACUCCUCCUCAAGUGGUCACCAAGUGCCUGGCUGCAGCUUGCAUCUUAAUAAUUACUCUUGUCAACUGUCUGAGCGUGAAGCUGGCCUACCGAGUGCAGAACUUUUUCACAGCAGCCAAACUCUUGAUUAUCAUCAUCAUUGUGGUUUCAGGCAUUGUCAUGUUGGCUCAAGGCAAUACCCAGAAUCUCAGAGACCCAUUUGCAGGGGCAACAACAUCAUUUGGAGCAAUUGGCCUUGCGUUUUACAACGGUCUUUGGGCUUAUGAUGGAUGGAAUCAGCUUAACUUUAUUACAGAAGAACUGAAAAAUCCAUACAAAAACCUCCCCCUGGCCAUCAUUAUUGGGAUUCCUCUGGUGACCGUGUGCUAUAUAAUGGUCAACAUUGCAUAUUUCAGUGUCAUGACCUCAACUGAACUUCUACAGUCUUCAGCUGUUGCUGUGACAUUUGGUGACAGAGUGCUGUACCCACUAUCAUGGAUCGUGCCGGUGUUUGUGGUCUGUUCCACUUUUGGUGCAGCUAAUGGGAGCUGUUUCACCGCCGGCAGGUUGACAUAUGUGGCGGGCCGUGAGGGUCACAUGGUUAAGAUCAUGUCUUACAUCAGUGUGAAACGUUACACACCUUCUCCAGCUCUAAUGUUUAACGGCAUCGUGUCAAUCAUCUACAUAAUGCCAACAGACAUAAACACCCUCAUCAAUUACUUCAGUUUUGCUACGUGGCUUUUCUACGGGCUCACGUGUCUGGCACUCAUCGUUAUGCGAUUCACUAGAAAGGACCUCAAGAGACCGGUCAAGGUGCCGAUAGUCAUUCCUGCUUUAGUGGUGGUGGUGUCCUGUUACCUGGUUCUUGCUCCCAUCAUUGACAAGCCUGAGUGGGAGUAUCUGUACUGCACAAUGUUCAUAGUCGGUGGUCUUCUGUUAUAUGUACCCUUCAUCCACUAUAAAUUCAACUGGACCCGGCGCUUAAUGAGGCCGUUCACCAUGCAUCUUCAGCUGCUGCUGCAGGUCGUCCCGCCGGAAAAGAUCGAGUGACAGAUGUCAAACCUGAGGUCAGACACUGAUGUAAUAGCCAGUAAUGGACAAAUGUGGAUAAAGGAUCUUUAAAGGGAACUGCAUGCUGCAUAUGGACAGAUUUUAUUUUUUUAUCAUCCUUAUUUUUUAUAACUAACACCAGAACACCAGCUGGUUUUACAUAUGAUGUAUGUUCCCCGGUCACAGGGUUAUCUUUUUACUUUGAAGAAUACCGCCUAACACAUCAUGAAUGUCUGUAAAUUAUGGCAAAUUUAAGUUUAUUUAACUUAUAAUUGUAUUGUUAUAUGCAGGUUUGUUGUAAAGUAAUGCAAUGAUUAUAUUUGUGGACAGGUAUAAACUAGUAAUGGUGAAAUGAACUAUCCAGAAUAAAAUGGUCUUCUUUGAAUACUAAACAAAUGUUUUCAUUCAUAGUUACUAAAGGACCAGCAGCACAGUCUUUAAAGUCACUCAACUCAUAGAAAAUAAAAGGACUUGCAGUAAUGUGGGACUUUAUUUUGCUCACUAUUCUUAGAUCCUAAUAAAGUGCAACCAAUGAUGUUCUGAACAUUUCAUUUUACAGUUCAUCCCAAUUAUUUUUUUUACAAACGAUUGUAACCAAUUCUAUACACUUUUGUUAAAGCACUAAGUAAACAUUAUUUCUUAUUUGAACAUAGUUUUGUAAAUAAUUUUCUUGAAUUCAGAGAAAAAACAUGAUUCAAUCCUUAAAGUAAGCAAACAAAAACUUUCUUGCCCCGCCCACUCCCAUGAAGCAGCACGAAUAACAAACAACAAAUAAUUAGAUGCAUAUUAUGCAUCUUCUCCUCACGUCUAGUUUUCUGUAUAUUGGGGGUCAAAAUGUCCAGAUGGACAAGAGUGACUUUUAUGUGUAAGUUGAAAUGAACACAUCUGUUUACAUUAGUAUCAAAAACAAACAAGAAAAAAAAACUUUUCCAGUCAUUUUUUUCUGUGAUAACCAAAAACUGUGCUGGAUUAUUUUGUCUCUGAUGCCCUCUUGUGGAGAAAAAACAUCACAUAAAGUUGCGCAUGUACUCGUGUUAUCGAGGAUGAUGCUAACACAACUAAUACACUUAAAUAUGGAAACUCCAAAUUAAAACUUUUGCAUUCAAAUAUGUACCUAGACAUGAAAAUAUCUCCUACUUCCAUUUCCAAUUAACUUCUAAAUUUACUAUAUUUUUGUAUGUAUAUCAAGUUAAAGUGUGACAAAUGUAACAACAUCUUGUGCUAUUAAUAUUUUGCUUUUUAAUCUAAGUUUUGGCCAAAGAUUACUCAGAGAGAGAGAGAGGGGGGGGGGGGGGGAUGAAGAAUCGCAUUUAAACAAUUCUUUAAAUGCAGUGACUAUGGUAAUUCACUGAUGUAAUGCUUUACAGGAUUGUAUUUUUGCUCCACAUUAAAGCCAUCCUGUACACAGUCCUGUACCCUUUGUCUUUGACUGAUUUUCUUUUAUUUUUUGCUGCGAAUUAAAGUUUCUCAUAUUGUGAAUCAUCUUGUUGCUGCUGAUUUGCUUAACUUUUGUGUAAUCGCUAUGAAGCAGGAAAUACUGCUGUUAAUAACCAAACCGUCACUCUUGCACUCUGUACUUAGAAAUACACCUCAUACCAUAGAAAGCAUAUGGGUUAAUAUGGGUUUAGUCUGAUUGAAUAAUAAAUGAUUUCUCU